CACUAGGGCAUAUUUUCAUGUGGAUGACUACGGCUCAUCUGAUGAGCUCAACAUGGGCGUUGUUGAGCUCAGCGCCGUCGUCUCGGUUGUAAACCAUUGCAAAGUAAGAGGCAAUGUAAGAAUCGGCCAAGUUGGUAAUCAUGAGAUUUCACGGAUGGAGGAUGAGAACGAUGGGCAGAUACCGCUGGAUUUGUGCGUUUAUUUUGUUUGGGACCGUCUAGAUUGGGGGCCGUGUCGAUCAGUAUUUUCAGCGAUAGUAUCUCAUUCAAAACAGUUUUUUUUCACAAGCAGGGAGUGGGAGAGAGAGUGAGAGUACCUUUACCGCUAACUCUCUUCAACAGCGCCGUUGCUUGCGUGAAGUGGACUCAUGCCCUUUGCCUGCCUCGGCGUGGUCCAACGCAAAAUCUGUACCGAUAGCCGCCGUGUUCUUCCCUGAUGUGAUCAACCCAUCCGUAGUCUGGUCGCGAUGUCAAAUCGAGUCCUGAUAGUAGUGCCAUUGACGGUGGCUAGGUUUUCCGCUUGCGAGAGCGGCCGAUGCCAGAUCACUGGUCUUAAACUUCCAGUGUGUCUAUUGUACUCCAGGUUGGUGGGUGGGCCUCAGACUGCCUGUAAACCCUCGCUUUAGACGCUCGCUUUGUGCAGUCAUAGUGCCAGUAUGCCUUGCACUAGUGCACUCAUGGCAGUUGUACGUCAUCACAAGUUAUGCGAUAUCUGAGCAAGCCUUCUCUACCUUGCUUUCAUUACGUAGCCCGUGAUUGAUCGACCAGUGAAAGUGACGCAGCAGCAGACGCCAACCCUCACAAACUUCAUCAAGUUAGCAGCUUGUAGGAACAAAAACUAGUGGUUAGCACAUCAGCACUACGGUUCUCAGAUUACGUGAGCUUGCUUGUCCUGAGUGAGAAUGGCUUUGUAGAUGUCGGUCUGAGACGAUAUACACGAACUUGGAAAGCAGGUGAGAAGGCUACAUAGGUCUUGUACCGUUUGAGUUCAUGCCGGGAGUCGCCUUGGUACAGUUUGUUGCUCCGAACGCAGAAACUUUAGUAUCGUAGCUCAGGAUUGACGAUAAUGAGCCAACCUUGUUGAGGAUGGGUGCUUUUACUCAUUUCUGUGCAACUUAUAGGAUUUGUUACAAGCUCAGUCUACUGCAACAAUGGAUAGGAAUAUUGUGAGCAUAAAGGGUUGAGUAACCUUGCGGGAGCACAAAAAAAUUGUAGCCCUUUGGAGAGACGACCUGUUUACUCGGUAAAACCUUCUUGGCAGACAAGCAACCUCUCCAAUCUUCAUCGCAUUUGGAACUAUAGUUCAAGCUUUCAACAUACGCCCGCUCUAGUCUUGAGUGUAAGGUGCCGCAAUUGGGGGAGACGUUGCGGGCGUCGAAGUUGUCACGACGUGGUGUGCAUUUGAUGAGGAUGCACAAUUGGGGUUGAUGCGGUUGGUUACACUCAUGAACUGACGCAUGGGCUAGGAUUCGUGAGGAAACUGCAGACCUUUACACUGUUACUAAUCUAAGAAACCUAGUUGUCGGUGUUUCUGCAGAAUCAAGUUGAAACUUAGGAGUUGUGGUUUGGUUCUCAGGUUGUGAAGGACGGAGAAGCACAGCCCGGGGAUGAUGGGGAAGAAGGGCGUCGACUUGCACCCACCAGAUGAUUUUGUACUAAGACCAGGUUUAGCACGGCGCAGAUUGAUGGUCCGGCGACCGGAAAACCCAUUUGUGGCGCCACACUGGAAGACGGACGGGAGAAAACAUUCCGAUGCUUAUGUCAAGUCUCCAACUAUUCAGGAUCAUCUCACCAAUACUCCAAUGACGAAAUCGCCGAAACCGUUACGUCUCUUCGACUUGAACAAGCUGCCAACUGCACCAACUUGGAUCACAGGUAGCACGGAUUCUAAACCCCAUGCCCUUUCGGACGAGUCUACGGCGAUGACUACAAGAUCACGUAAUUUCAUGGAAAACACAGAUUUGUUCUUCAUCUCGCCACGACAGGAAGUUAGAUUAACUGAAGACAAAGAUGAUGAGCGAGGGGCUAGACUGUCCGUGGACCUGGGCCCUCUCCGAACAUCGAGAGCUUCAAAAGAUCUCCGGCUCGAUGGCAAUUGCUGGCUUGAAACUCGUGAUGAUGGCCAUAAAGUCGAUAUACGGAGUCCCGACUUUCCUGAGAAGCCGUGUCAUGCCGAUUAUGGAUUUGCGAUCCCAACCUGGAAGAGGCUGAAAAAGUUGACGGAGUGUAAGGGUGGGCACACCCAUGUUCAGAUGUCCACAGACAAUAAAGCUGUUGACAAACAACCAUAUGUGACGAAGACGUUACCACCAUCUCUGCAAUGUGAGGCGAAGGAGCACUGGAAAGAUGUUUCCGGCGCCAUCUGUGCUCUCUUGAUGCUGUCGGGCGCGAAGGGGAAGCGAGACCUCUCUAACUUCUUGUCUGACAAAUUCUGUGAACCCGAAGUUCGCCAGGACUCCCCCAAGUCCAUCCCGAAAAGCUACUCAGAAACCAAGUUGUAUGAAGAAGACGCACGACAGUGCAGCGCACCAAGCCCAGCUGGCACUGAAUUGACCGGAGAUUCGGAUGCGAGCGACGGGUCUUGGGGCUCGGCAUCAGUGCUUGUAAGACCUAGUAACAAGCAUCGUUACAGAUCAAUGGCAGAGUUAAUGGCGGAAACUUAAAUCCUUAGACGAGUCUAGGAUGUACGAGUGUGUGUUUUUUUAAAAAAAGUGUACAGCUUUCAAUCAGUUUACAAAGCAUUAAAUGUACAUAAACGGUAGGCAGCACGAGUGAAACUUUGUUUGACAAAAUGUACAGAGGAUGCCCGAUUGGGAAUUUUGACGAAUCCCAUUGUGUACUUUCGAAUCUCCGAUGAAGAAGAAAGUUGCAAUUUUUCGCACUU